AUGCGUUUCUCUCUCUCUCUCUCUCUCUCUCUCUCUCUCUCUGCAAUUCUCUAUGCUUUCUCUCAAUUUCUCAUUGCACUUCCCCUUCUUUAUUCCCAAAUCCCUAGCUAUUCUUUCUCUCUAUAUUUCUCAUCCAAUAACACAUCUGUAUUCUUACACCACUACAUAUUUCUCUCCAUUCACUAUCAUUGCUCUCUAUUUCUCUCUUCCACUGUCUUUUCUCUAUUCCGCUUCCCCUUAUCUAUUAAUAAAUCUCUAACUAUACUUACAUCCAUUUCUCUCUUGCACUUCCUCCUCACUAUUCAUAAAUCUCUAUCAUUGCUCUCCAUUUCUCACUUCCACUGUCACUUCUCUAUUCGUAUCCAUUCUCUCUUGCACUUCAUACCCCUCACUAUUCAUAAAUCACUAUCAUUGCUCUCCAUUUCUCUUCCACUGUCCUUCUCUAUUCGUAUCAUUAACUACGGUUUCUCUCUAUUUAACACUUGCAUUUCUAUUAAUAUCUCUACUCUCCAUUUCUACUUUCUCUUUACUAUUCAUAAAAAUUAUCAUUCCAUUUUCAUUAACUACGGUUUCUCUCUAUUUUUUACCCUUAACUAUACUUACUAUCUUCUAUUCAUAAAUCACUAUCAUUGCUCUAACUCCUUCCCUGUCACUUCUCUAUUCAUCCACGGUUUUCUCUAUUUAACACUUGCAUUUUCCUUCUCCUCUUAA